CACAAAACCCCAGUUUUAGGGUUCCCCCAAUUUUCUUGUUCUCGAUCUGUUUAACAGAGCUCGAAAUCACACUCUGUCUCACUCGUAAACUUAAUUGUUUUUCUGUUCAUCUCAAUACUUAGAAGUUGAUUUGCUGAAAAAUCUGAAGCUCUACGGGGGUUCUGAUGAUCGGUCUUCGUUUUUUGGCACUUGAAGAUGUUUCGUUUGGUUUCACUGACUCUGUUUCAGGCUCUUCUUGUACUUAUGACGGCUACGGAGUCUCUUUCGGUGUCUGGUCCGCACAUAGCGGAUGUAAAUAUAUUGUUGCCUCCCAAAAUGACUCACGCAGUAGAGUACAGGCUUCUGGGAAGUGACGGUUGCUUCAGAUGGUCAUGGGAUCACCAUGAUAUUUUGUCUGUUCUACCGGAGUACAAUUUCAGUAGUCAGUGCUCGACGAGUGCACGGUUGAGAUCGAUUGCUCCCUAUGAUGGUAGGAAGAAGACUGCUGUUUAUGCUACUGAUGUACAAACUGGAAUGGUAAUUCGUUGCAAAGUUUACAUUGAUAACCUCUCCAGAAUCCAGAUAUUUCACAACUCCAUUAAACUUGACUUAGACGGGCUGGCUACUCUUCGUGUCCGUGCCUUUGAUAAUGAAGAAAACGUGUUUUCAUCAUUAGUGGGCUUACAAUUCAUGUGGCAGCUAAUGCCUGAAACUGAUGGAUUGCCUCAUCACCUUGUACAUGUUCCUUUAAAGGACUCUCCCCUGAGUGACUGUGGUGGAUUUUGUGGUGAUCUAGAUAUCCAAAUAAGGCUGGAAGAUGGUGGUGUAUUUUCAGACCUGUAUUUGGUAAAAGGAACUGGCAUUGGCCGUGAGAUUGUUUCUGUGCAUUUGCUUGAGCCGCAAUUGGAGCAUAUGGCAGACAAGAUUGUUUUGACUGUAGCAGAAGCCAUGUCUCUUGAACCUCCCUCACCUGUUUUUGUCCUCAUUGGUGCCAUUGUCCACUAUAGUCUUAAAGUUAUUCAUGGUAACGUCCCUCAAGUAGUAACGUUACCAUCUCCAUUCCACCGGUGGUCUGUUUUGAACUCUUCUGUUUCUCAGGUGGAUACAAUGAUGGGUAAAGCUCAUGCGUUGAACUUGGGGUUUACAACUAUUGUUGUGGAAGACACCAGGGUCGCAGAUCACGGACAAAUGUCAUCUCUCCAUGUUGUCCUGCCUGAUGCUUUGUAUUUAUACGUAUUACCUCUUUCUCCCUUGGGCGAUCCUGUUGAGGGAAUAGAACCUGUUCCAUCAGGGUCUCGCUGGUAUGUUGUUUCUGGCCGACAAUAUCUUAUUCAAAUAAAGGCAUUCUCACGAGGUCCUUGGGCACAACAAAUCUAUCUCACAGAGAGUGAUGAUGUUAAAUUGGUUGACAGCAAGUCUAAAUAUUGGAAUACUUUCCCAGUUUCAGAUAGUAUUGCUGUCAGACACGGGUGGAAUUCCGGAAUCCUGCAAGCAACUUCAUAUGGACUUGGAAGACUGACAGCAACUUUAGCUUAUAGUGAAGGAGAUGAUGAAACUAAGAAAAUUCUCAGUGUUAAGCAAGAAGUAAUGGUUUGCGAUCAAGUUAAGUUCAGCUUGGACACAAGAACCAAUGUAUCUAGAAGCAUUGUCCUUCCUUGGGCCCCUGCUGUAUAUCAGGAGGUGGAGCUGAAGGCAACAGGAGGCUGUGCAAAGGCAUCCAGUGACUAUAAAUGGUUCUCUUCAGACUUGGAUACUGUAUCUGUGUCUACUUAUGGGAUUGUUCAAGCAAAAAGACCUGGGAAAGCUACUAUCAGGGCAGUGUCUAUUUUUGAUUCAUUCAAUUAUGAUGAGGUGUUGAUUGAAGUUUCUAUCCCUUCUGCUAUGGUUAUGCGUCCAAACUUUCCUGUAGAGAUUGUUGUUGGAUCACCUCUUCAGGCUUCUGUUACAUUGAAAACAUCUGAUGGUGCAUAUUACUUUAGAUGUGAUGCUUUUAGUUCCUCUGUAAGGUGGAAAACUGGAGGCGAAUCAUUUGCAAUUGUCAAUGCAACUGGGGAAUCAUUUGUCCUGGAUAAGCAAGAAAUUGAUGGACUCCAUACAUUACAUGGUCCUCCAUGUGCAUGGACCUAUGUAUAUGCUUCUGGUUCCGGUCGCACCAUGCUACAUGCAACACUGGCUAAAGAAUAUCAACACUUUGAUCGUUCUUUUAGUGGACCUAUUGAUUUAAAAGCAACGUCACCUAUUGCAGCAUAUUUACCGCUCAUCGUGCAUCAGGCAAAUGAUGGGAACCAAUAUGGUGGUUACUGGUUCGAUUUAGCUCAAGCUGAAGCUCAUAAUCAGUUGGAUAAUUUGGAAUCCUUGAAUCUUGCUCCUGGCACACAUUUAGACGUCAUGCUUCGUGGAGGACCAGAACGGUGGGAAGGUGUUGACUUCGUUGAAGAUGUGGAAACUUUAGAUGAAGAGCAUACUCUUCUUAAAGUUGGGAUUCUUGUCCAUCAACAGUCUACCAGCUAUGGGAGUCUUUACAGAAUUUUAUGCCAAAAAUCGGGAACUUUUAUACUUGUCUUUAAACGCGGCAACUUGGUUGGAGGUGACCAUCCUCUGCCAGCUGUAGAAGAAGUUGAAUUGUCACUUACAUGUAGCGUUCCUUCCUCAAUUUUGCUGAUAGCUGAUGAAGCUGUGAAUUCCCUUGAAGUUAUUUGGGCUGCCAUUCAGGCUGACCACAGUUUAGGGCGAAUUCGUGCAUCUCCGGUUACGGUGGCAAAUGGACAUACAAUACGAGUUUCUGCAGUAGGCAUUAGCGACUCUGGAAAAGCUUUUGGAAACUCAUCUUCUCUCUGUUUGAGGUGGGAACUUAACAACUGUGAUGGGUUGGCAUUUUGGGAUGAUUUGUAUAUUACCAAAUCCAGUUGGGAGAGGUUUCUGGUCUUGCAAAAUUCUUCGGGACUGUGCAUCGUUCGUGCUACUGUCGCUGGAUACACUGACAUCACGAGUAGUCAUCAUUCUACUACACCAUUUGAAAUUCCAGAGAAUGUUCUCACAGAUGCUAUACGUUUACAGCUUGUGUCUUCUCUAAGAGUCACUCCAGAGUUUAAUUUACUAUUUUUCAGUCAUGUUGUCAGGUUGAAUCUCUCAAUUACUGGGGGUAGCUGUUUUCUAAACACUCUGGUGAAUGAUACUCAAGUUGUAGAAAUAAUUCAACCACCGCCAGGCUUACAGUGCUCACAGCUAGUGCUGGCUCCUAAGGGGUUGGGGGUUGCUCUUGUUACAGUUUACGAUAUUGGGCUUGAUCCUCCACUUGCUGCUUCUUCUGUGGUCCAAGUUGCAGAUGUAGAUUGGAUUAAGAUUACUUCACCGAAAGAGAUAAGCCUCAUGGAAGGAAGUGUUCAAUCUAUUAACAUAUCUGCUGGGGCAAGUGAUGGUAGCACUUUUGACUCUUCUCAGCUUGUUUAUAUGAGUACUCGUGUGCAUAUUGAGGAUGAUAUAGUUGAACUGGCAGACAAUUAUGAUUUGUUUAGUCCUGUUGAUGGAUAUGUGAAGGGUUCAACGUUCACCAUCCAAGCUAGACAUCUUGGCUUUACAACUCUUUAUGUCAGCGCUACACAGCAGUCUGGACGUGAAAUAUUGAGUCAACCAGUUAAGGUAGAAGUCUAUAAACCACCUAGCAUACAUCCUAAUGACAUUUUCCUUGUACCUGGUGCAUCUUAUGUGCUCACUGUGAGAGGAGGCCCUACCAUUGGUGCACAUGUUGAGUAUGCCAGUAUGGAUGAUGAGAGUGCAAAAAUGAACAAAUCUUCAGGACUGUUGUCUGCAAUUUCCCCAGGGAACACUACUUUGGUUGCCACAGUUUAUGGCCCUGGGCACAUAAUGAUGUGUCAGGCGUAUGGUCGAGUAACAGUUGGGGUCCCUUUCUCGGUGAUAUUGAGCGUACAGAGCAAGCAGCUUGCUGUUGGACGUGAGAUGCCAAUAUAUCCAUCUUUGUCUGAGGGAAAUCUGUUUUCCUUUUAUGAGCUCUGCAAGAAUUACAAGUGGACUGUAGAAGAUGAGGAGGUGCUGAGUUUCCAAGUGGCAGAUCACUUACUUGCUGAUGAACUUGCUGUUGCAAAAGAAUUUAGAUCUACUGGCUACUUAGAUGAGCAAGACCUUGGUUUUAUCCAAGUGUUAUAUGGAAGAUCUGCUGGCAGGACAGAUGUUUCUGUUUCGUUCUCCUGUGAUUUUAUCUCUUCUGGUUCAUUUUCUCAGUCAAUGUUGUACAGUGCAUCUAUAUCUUUGUGGGUGGUCCCUGAUCUUCCCCUUGCUCUUGGAGCAGUGAUGACCUGGGUCCUUCCUCCUCAUUAUACCACUUCGAAUCUUUUGCCAUCAUCUUCAAAGUUGUACAGCCAAGGGGAUGCUCUGAGUCAUAAAGGAACGAUUGCUUAUUCUUUAUUGAGAGAAUGUGGUCGAAAGACUGAAGAAGCCAAGAAUGAUGCUAUAGCUAUUGAUGGGAGCAAAAUAAGAACAAAGGGUAGCAAUAAUAUUGCAUGCAUUCAGGCAAAAGAUAGGUCAACUGGAAGAACUGAGGUUGCAUCCUGCGUAAGGGUUGCUGAGGUGUCUCAAAUAAGAAUAACCACCAAGAUGUUUCCAAUUCACAUAAUCAAUCUUGCUGUUGAUGCUGAACUUGAUCUUCCAAUAAUCUACUGUGAUAUUCUAGGAACCCCUUUCCACGAGGCUUAUAACGUUAGUCUCUUUGAUGCCGAGACGAACUUCCCUGAUGUUCUCUCUAUUAAUGGUACACACGAUAACAGUGGGUAUAUUCAUCUCAAGGCAAUAAGCCAAGGUAGAGCUCUUUUGCGAAUUGCACUUGACAGUAACUCAGAGAAGUCAGACUAUAUGAUGAUUUCAGUUGGUGCUCGAUUGUAUCCUCAGAAUCCAGUCCUCCACCUGGGAAGUUGCCUUAACUUCAGUAUAGAAGAUUUAAAUAAUCAUGUGUCAGGUCAGUGGUUGAGUGGCAAUGCAAGUGUCUUAGCUGUAGACCCGCAAUCUGGAAAUGCUGAAGCUGUUGGGGAAGGUACUGCUCAAGUUAUUUUCGAUGGUUCUAAUUUGAAACUGCAGACCACUGUUACUGUACUAAAGGGAAAUAUUGUAUCUGUUCAUGCUCCAAAAGAGACACUGACGAAUGUUCCUUUCCCAUUGAAAGGAUAUAGCUUCUCUGUGGGUUUCAAUGAUUCUUAUGACCACAAGUAUGAAGCUGAUGGAAAUGGUAGAGUCGUGUACGACUGUAGGGUGGAACCAUCUUUUGUCGGGUAUGCAAAGCCAUGGAGGGAUCUCGACACUGGUAAUUCAUAUUGCCUCUUUUUCCCCUACUCUCCUGAGCAUUUGGUUCGCUCCAUUCCCAAAUCAGGAGACACGAGACAGGAUAUAUCAGUUUCCAUCAAUGCUUCACUGAGAGGAGCCAACCAUAUUUCAGGAUCUGCAUCUGCCCUUUUUAUUGGAGGUUUUUCCCUGUUGGAAAUGGACAAGAAUUCAUUGCAGGUAAAUCUUACCCCCCACUCUAACAAGAGUAUCAUAACCAUUGUGGGGAAUACAGAUAUUGAAAUCCACUGGCAAGACCGGGAUUUGCUACUUAUCAGGCCCAUACAUAAAGAAGAGGACGGAAUAGGAAGCCAUGCACAAUAUGAGGUCAAAGUGCUUAGAGCUGAGAGAUUCAAAGACAAGGUGAUCAUCACCCUCCCAGCCACAGGUCAGAGAGUGGAAGUCAAUGUUAACUAUGAUCCUGGGGAGAGAGCUCCUGGGGAGCGAGCACCAGCAACCACCACUUCCAAUGUUACUAUAUGGGCUGGUCUAGUUGGGGGUUUAGCUCUAUUGAUAUUGACAUUGGCGGUCUUCAUAUGUUUCCUGGACAGACCUGUUAGAUCUCGCCCGUCUCUCCCAUCUCUCCCCCCUGCCACACCAAGUGCCCCAGCACCUGUCACACCUGAUCGUCGCAUUCCUGCUGUUUCAAAUGAACAAUCUCCUCGGACACCUCAGCCUUUCAUAGAUUAUGUGAGGAGGACCAUUGAUGAAACUCCAUACUACAAGCAAGAAGCAAGGAGGAGGUUUAAUCCUCAGCAUACUUUCUAAAUUCUUGGUGUAUCACUUCUUUUUUACUGUAUCUGAAUGGCUGUAUCAUCAACAGAUUAGUCUCUCUCUCUCUCUCUCUCUCUCUCUCUCUCUCUCUCUCUCUCAUCAAAAGGUAGUAUCAUGUAACAGCAAGAGCUUAGAACCUGGCAAUUUGGCUGCGAAAAUUUUGGGGUGUUGUGUACUAGUAUUGCCUCAAGGAGCUGCACCACAACCUCUCUUUGGGUGGAGCUGCGAGCAUAUUAUUACUGGCGUAUUUAGUGGUCAUACGUUGUCGAUUCAUCUAAGGGUUAUCCUUUGCCCAACUAUGUAUUAUUGUUUGCAAACACAAACCCAUUUACAUAAUUAUUGU